CAUCAAAACUCAUUCUGCAAUUGAUAUUAAAACAUCCCAAUUGUCUCUUCAACCAAAAAACAUCCGUCAAAAUGAUGAAGCUAUUCGUUGUCCUCUUCGCCGCUCUGUUUGCCGUUUCCAUGGCUGUGCCAGCGCCUGUUGCCCGUGCUGCUCCUGCACCAGUUCCAGUGGCCAGCCCAGAGCCUGCUCCUCAGUUUUACUAUGGUGCCAGUCCCUAUGCCUACUCCGCCUACUCGGGCUAUGCGGCUCCAUACGCUUACUACGGUUAGGUGACCCCAUCCAACUGAUAACUGGCCUUCACCCCGAUUGUUAAUAAUAGACACGGAAAA